UACUUUCAUCUCACGCGAUCCAUAAAUAUGGACAAUGACAGGAAGGAAGAUUUUGUGAGACGACAGAAAGCAGCCUUCGAACCUCUGAAAGAGCGAACCGAGAACAGCAUCACUCACGAGAACGCAAACUGCAAUUCAGUUAUAGCUCCACUCGAAAGUCCCGAAUUCUACGAAGAACUCAAAACGAAGCCUACGACCUACUACAAAGACAUGAAGGAGCUGCCCGAUUGCGCAGCUAGAAAGUACAUCCCAGAUAUUGCACGACGGUACAUUGAAUUGGAACGCCGUAUUAAAGUGUUAGAAUCAACGUUAUGGGCUUUGCCGAGAGAAGAUAGAAGUCUUGAGGAAGACAGGUUUGAAAUACUAACGGAACUACUAGACAAGGCGUGCCAAGGAUUUGAAAUCUGGGAUGAGCAUGUGGAGCGGAACAUCAAGUAUGGCCAUCGCGUCGUGCUUGAAGCCAGACUACUGCAUUUGAUCGAAUCCAAAUUCAACAUCAUCGAGGAAAUAUGCGCCAAAUUCGACAAGCUGAAGGGAGAUCAACAUGGGGUAAACAACGAACGAGAGUUUCUCCGCUAUGAAAUUCGACACUGCGAUCUGAUGUUUACAGAAAUUCAUGAAAGUUUCCUCAAAUCAUACUUGGAUUUGGAAUGGUAG